CGCGAUGCUGGCGAUACUCCGCUCCAUGCCAAACAUGGGAGGCGAUGUUAUGACCGUCUUCCAGGUGGGGCCCAAGGAUAUUCCAAGGCUAAAGGCGGUUUUUUCGAAGGCGUGGACUAAGUGGAACGAUCAGUCACGUCCUGCGUUUGCCGUGAUGGAGUUUGACGUAAAAGACGCGAUGGACUCGCUGGAUGUGGAUCCGCCCAAGCCGUUCGGUAUCAUGUUCGCUAUAGUGAUGGACUGCGCCCUAUUGGGGUCCCCUUUACUAAAGGAGAAGCUUCUCAAAUCUUUAGAAAUAACCGACGCGGACCUCAUCAGCUUGCAACAUAUGGUAGCUGAGGAAUGGAGCAAGUGGGAGACUGAGCGUUUGGUAGGAUUGAACAAUGCCCGUGCCGGAAAGCAGUUUGCGUCCACGCUGCUUUUGUCCCUCACAAGCUCUCCUGCGAUGAAGCAGGACCUAUUCCAGGAGCUACACAUGGUCGAUGGUGAUCUCAAGAACCUCGAGCUGAUUAUGGUGACGGCAUGGACCACUUGGGACCACAAGGGUCGCCCGCACUGCGAGCACUGGGACAGCAAGACAGAUACCAGAGGACACGUCUUCGCCUCCAAGCUUUUCCAGUCCUUGUCCCAGUCCUCUUCGCUGCAGAAGUUCUUGAUAGAAUCGCUCAAGAUGACUGAGGCAAAUCUCUCGGACUCGAAGAAUACUGUCGCCGACGCCUGGAACCUGUGGGAUGUCCAACGUCGCGUUGGUCAAGGCAAAGUUUAAGUCUCUUCAGGAUAAAUCAUGACAUGUUGAAAGUGGCAGAAGAGUCUGUGAGCCAUCAUGUAGAUUUACAUUGCCUUCCAUUUUACAUACGCAACCCGAUUCUGGGAAGAAUACGCUUUGCAAACGAAGUUUUAACGCCUGAUAGAUUUUUCUGUUGUCUCAAGUAAUAAAACGUUAUUU